AUGGACGUGGAAACCGAAACCGCUUGCUGGAAACCGACCGAACAACAGAUCCAAGAUGCGCAGGACCUCGCGGACUUUGGCCAUGGCCAGACGCUGGAGCGCAAGUUCAACCUCUGGAGCAUGCUAGCUCUGGCGUUCUGCGUCUUGGGUACUUGGUCGACUUUUGCACAGGAUCUUUCCGAUGGCCUCGUCAAUGGUGGUCCCGUUUCUAUCCUCUGGGGCCUAGCCCUCGUCACAUUCUGCAAUACCUGCGUGGCAAUCUCUCUAGGAGAGAUCUGUAGCAGCAUGCCGACGGCAUUAGGUCAGGCCUACUGGAUCUAUCGGCUGUGGAGUUCCCCCUGGGGCCGUUUCGUCUCCUAUAUCUGUGCGUGGAUCAAUGUCUUUGGCUGGUGGACGCUUGCUGCGUCCCAGGUUGCAUUUAUGACGAACUUCCUGCUGGGAAUGAAGGUCAUGUUCGAUGCAGACUGGACCGGUGCCUCGCAGGGCUGGUUGGAAUUCGUGGUGUAUAUUGGAUGUGUUUUUCUUCUCACCCUGAUCAAUGUUCUUGGUUGUCGACGUGACUCCUUCCUCCCUUGGUUGAAUAACUUUGUUGGAGUCUGGUUCUUUGGCUUGUUUUUCGUCUUCUGUCUGGCCCUUCUUAUUUCUGUGGGUAUCAAGUCUGGUCUCCAUUACCAGCCGCCCUCAUUUGUCUUUGGCAAGUGGAUCAAUGAGACUGGGUGGUCAGAUGGCGUGGUGUGGUUUAUGGGAUUGGUCCAAGCAGCUUAUGGUUUAACUGCGUUCGACGCCGUCAUCCAUAUGGUGGAAGAGAUCCCCGCUCCACGAAAGAAUGCUCCCAAGGUUAUAUAUUUUGCUGUCAUCUCCGGCGCCAUCAGCGGCUUCAUUCUCAUGAUGGUCUGUCUCUUUUGCAUUCAAGAAGUGAGAACAGUUAUCGAUGCUCCCAGCGGCCUUCCAUUUAUGCAAUUGGUUCAGGAAACCGUAGGCCUGAACGGUGGCGCCGUGCUCAUCGCCCUCUUCAUCACCAACGGCCUGGGCCAAAGUGUCAGUAUCGUGACGACCGCGUCUCGCCUGACCUGGGGAUUCGCCCGUGAUGGUGGACUUCCUUUCAGCCAAUACCUUGGCUAUGUCGACCCCGUUUGGAAGGCACCAGUUCGCGCUCUAUGGUUCCAGGGCUGUCUGAUCGCCCUGGUGGGCAUUCUCUUCCUCUUCGCGGAGACCGUUCUCAAUGCUAUUUUGAGUGUGAGCACUAUCGCCUUGACCAUUUCAUACGGCCUUCCCAUCAUGACCGUGCUCCUUGUUGGACGCGACCAGCUUCCGCCUGGAGGGGAAUUCCGUCUUGGAAAGCUUGGAGUCCCGGCGUAUUGUGUCAGUCUGGUUUACUGCAUCAUCACUUCCAUUUUCUUCUUCUUCCCGACUGCGCCUAAUCCUUCGGGUGGGGAGAUGAAUUAUGCUAUUGGCGUGUUCGGUGUUAUGCUGGUGAUUGCCAUGUCUUUCUGGUUUAUUCAAGGCAACCGGACGUACCUCAACACCGAGGACUCUUCCAUUGCCAUGGUCAUUCAGGCACAUGAUGCCGCACCGAACGAUGCUCAGACCUCUCUUCAGAACAAGCAGGACUCUCAAUGA